GCACGCGACUUUUAAUUAAUUUCUAUUCUGCACGCUUUUAGCCAAUCGAAUCCCGAGACACACCCCCUUCGGGGUGUUUUUUUCGAACGGGCCAAAACGCUUUAAAUAAAAAUGUCAUGAUUUGUAAGAAUAUUGUACGCAACGAAAUGCACAAGAAAAAACAAAAGGCAUUCGUACUAAUGUCAUUAAUACAUUUCUUACACAUGUGACAAUGUUUAUAAUUUCACCUAAUUAGUAAUAAAAAUGAAACAAAAGUAGGAAAUGUUUAUUUUCUUAAUGACAUCGUAUUACCGUUAUGUUUCUGCUCAGGCAUGCUCGUCAUUUCAGAUGGUUCAUGAAUUACUUCACUCAUCGUGUACUUCACUUGUAGUUGUGAGAUAGAUAUAUAAAAAGACUAAAAGUAAUAAAAAAUCAUUAGUUUAACGAUGUCGGUCAUUCCAGAUGUUUCCUUGGUCAUUUGUCUGGCUACGAAAGUUAUUUUGUUAGCGAUGUUUUGUCUAUCUAUCAAUAACAUCAUCCAUUUGACAAAAACAGACGAAAAUAUCAUCAUCAUCAACUUGACUAUCUUCUUCUUCCUUUUGUUACUUGUAAUCAUUUGGAAGUCUACUAAGGAAUGGAAAUACAACAUUAACACUAUUUUGGUACACGAACAAGAACUUCAUACCAGUCACAAAAAACAAACAUCCUUGCGUCAAACUGCGCUUAAAAGAUUCAAUACUGUGUCUAGUUUAAUUUUAAUUUAUACUCUAAGAACAUGCAAAACAAGUGGAGAACAUUUGCUCUUGAAGGAGAAAAUUACACAGGUAUGAAUUACUACAUAAUAAAAUAAUUAAUGUAGGUAAUUUGUUAGUAGUUUUUCACAAACGACGCCCAAAAUGUGUAAAAUCAUUGUUGCUAUUGUAAUGCUGACUUGAUUAAGACGUUUUACGCAAUAAGAAAGUAAGACACGGAGGAGAGUUUCAGACGUUUUAGUAAGAAAGAAGGUUGAUUUAUGGCUAUCUAAAAUAAAUAAAUAAAUAAAUUUUGUAUUUAUAUUGAUAUUAUCUUAUAGACAACUUAAUUUGCUUGUAUAUGUAAUAAAUAUUUUUUUAAUGAAAUCCACAACUUUUGAGAAAUAAUGAAUAUAGUGGUUUCUGAA